AUGCAAUUAUCAACCAUUCUCACUUGCGCUCUAGCGCUCGGUGCAAGCGCUCAGUCCACUACGACGUACACCGAUUCCAGGUCCGGAAUCACGGUGUCGGGGUAUCAAAGCGCAUCGUAUAUCUUUGGAAUAGCUCUCCCUUCAACGCCCGGAAAAGACUUUAUUGGUAUGCUGGUUGGAAAAGGAAACGGAUGGGCCGGUGUAUCACUUGCUGGCCCGAUGACGGGAGGCUCGCUACUCCUCGUAGCCUGGCCAAAUGGACAAAACAUCUUAUCCUCAUUCCGCAAAGCUACUUCCUACGCCAGCCCGGCCGUUGCCACGGGCAGCUUCUCUGCGGUUCCCAUCGCGAGUGGAACAUACGUCAACUCAACCCACUUUGUUUACACUUUCCUGUGCAAGAACUGCAUAACUGGAGAUAGCAGCACCUUCUCUCCAACUGCCGAGACAGCCAUGCUAGGUUGGGCCCUCUCCACCACAGCACCGAAAACACCAGCCAGCGCCACCACGGCGUUUGGCAAGCAUCAAACCCAAGGCAACUACGGUGUCAGUAUCGCAUCUACAAAGACGGACAAAUAUGAUACUUGGGCUGCUCUUGCCAGCUCUACAACACCUAUGGCAUUCUCAGCAUAG